AUGAAUAAAGAAACGUCUCGAAUCCCCAUAUCCCUCGCCUCUUCUCGCCCUCGCCUCUCCUCGCCCUCGCCUCUCCUCGCCUCUCCUCGCCCUCGCCUCUCCUCGCCCUCGCCUCUCCUCGCCUCUCCUCGCCCUAGCCUCUCCUCGCCCUCGCCUCUCCUCGCCCUCGCCUCUCCUCGCCUCUCCUCGCCUCUACUCGCCCUAGGCUCUCCUCGCCCUCGCCUCUCCUCGCCCUACCUCUCCUCGCCCUCGCCUCUCCUCGCCCUCGCCUCUCCUCGCCUCUCCUCGCCCUCGCCUCUCCUCGCCCUCGCCUCUCUCUCCUCGCCCUCGCCCUCGCCCUCGCCUCUCCUCGCCUCUCCUCGCUCUCGCCCUCGCCUCUCCUCGCCCUCGCCUCUCUCUCCUCGCCCUCGCCUCCCCUCACCCUCGCCCUCGCCUCUCCUCGCCUCCCCUCGCCCUUGCCCUCUCCUCUCCUCGCCCUCGCCUCUCCUCGCCCUCGCCUCUCCUCGUCCUCGCCUCUCCUCGCCCUCGCCUCUCAUCGCCCUCGCCUCUCCUCGCCCUCGCCUCUCCUCGCCCUCGCCUCUCCUCGCCCUCUCCUCGCCCUCGCCCGCUCCUCGCCCUCGCCCUCGCCUCUCCUCGCCCCCGCCUCUCCUCGCUCUAACCUUAUUGUCUGACACUUCUAGGCCGAGCUCGUACAAAUCAGAUUUGAGUCACAGUAUAUGGCCUUUCCACACCUCCUGCACAACAGGGUAG